AGGUCUAGAGGAUGAACAUUUAAACUAUGGAGUGUACUACACUCCAUAAUUUAAACUGUAGCUGUAUGGGAUGUGGUUGACCUAUGGCUGUAGGCCUCACAAGUAUAGACCAUAGAUGAACCACAUACGUAUAGACCAUGCAAAAAUUUUAUAAACAAAUUUUUGUCCAUGGCAUAAGUUGUGUUGUUUGCGAUCUAUAAUAUUAACAAUGUCCAAGGAAACAAAUAUCGAAGAAUGGUCAAAAUAUGCAAAAUAUUAUGAUCCUAUUAAAAUUGGUUCAAUCGAUGGUACUGAUACAGAACCUCAUGACAGAGCUAUAGAAAGAGCAAUACGAUCAACCUAUGUACCAAAUAGGCACGUUAAAGGAAAACCUGGAUGUACUAUUUUUGUUAGUAGAUUAAAUUACAAAAUAACUAAAGAAACCAUCAAAGAAAUAUUUUCGAAAUACGGAAAAUUGAGGAGAUUUAGAUUAGUUAAAGACAUUGUAACAGGUAUGCCUAAAGGUUAUGCUUUUAUUGAAUAUGAAAAUGAAAGUUCUGCAGAGGAUGCCUAUCGUGAGGCAAACAAAAUGAAUAUAGAAGGCAGUGUAAUAUUUGUUGAUUUUGAGUGUGGUCGCUUAUUGAAAGGUUGGAAACCUAGAAGACUUGGAGGUGGUUUUGGUGGACAAAAAGAAUCUGGACAAUUAAGAUUUGGAGGUAGAGAUAGACCAUUUAAAAAACCUAUUAGUAUUGAAAUCAAAGAGCAGGAAGAACGUAGAAAAAGAGAACAAAGAAAACUGGCAUCAAAAGAAGAAAGGGAUAGAGACAGGUAUAGAAGAAAAAGGCCAAGAUCUCCAAGAAGUAGAAGUUAAAACUGUAUUUGUAUGUUCUAAUAUUUUCAAUAUAUUUAUAUUUUCAAUUAAAAUUUUGGUGAAUGGCUUUAUUUGCAAAUCUGUCAAGAUGAGAGCAGUUACAAUAAUUUUGAAAAAAUAUAGGAAGAUAUGAGGAUUUCAAGUACUACACUAAAGUUAGAGAAAUCUUUAAAAUUUUGAUAUUUUGCUCAGAUAGGAUUUGUUUUAUUAAUAUUUUAUCAUAACUAAUAAAUGCAAAACAAAACAUGUGGUUCAGUAUAUAAUAUGAAAAUAAAUUAUUACUGUUAUGAAUUAAACAAGACAAUAGUCAUUUUAAUGAGUGUUAAAAGUUAUGUUAUAUUUUGUGAGUGGAAACUUUUGUGAAAUGAGCAGAGCGAAAUGAAUAAUUUUAUAAACAAAAUAAAAUCUAGUAAGUCAACAUCUUCACCAACAAUAGUUGCCAAGUUGAAUACUCUAUUACUAUUUCGAUUACAUCAACAUCAUUAUUAGUUAGAGCAAUAUUUUUGCACAAUAAAUUUUUUUUCAAUAUUGAAAAGAACCAAGACUUAUUGUGAACAAUAGAUUUCUUUAUACACCGAUUUUUAUGAAAAUUUAGAUUCAAGCAAUAUUUAUCCUCUUCUUCAAUAUAUACACUGUGCCGAGUGUGCAUCUUUAAGGGGUGAAAACUAACUCUUUUAAAAUAAAUUUGAAAAUUUUAGGUUCCAAGUCAAAAUAUUAAGUUGAAAUUGAUUAGUUGCACAUCACUUUAACCCCUUAAACUCAUUUCUUGAGAGCAGCAAAUAUUAAAAUUUUUUUAGUAUAUCUUGAAAUAAUUAAAAUUGCUUCAUAUUAAAUUUAAAUCAUUUGAAUGAAACUAUUGUUGAACUAGACACUUUAACCCUAAUAAAUCAUCUUGAGAUUAUUAUUUAUAAAAAAAAAUUGCAACCAUUUUUUUCAUUAUAGGCAAUACUAUAACACUUAAUUCAUAACAAAUUAAACACAUUUCAUUCCUAAUAUAAAAUUUGUGGUUAUUUAAAUAUUUCUACCUUUACAAAAACCCCAAAUUACCAAAGAUAUGAAAAAUAUAUUUAUAAUUUCUAUUCGUACAAUGACAAAAAAUAAUGAAAAUUUAGUACACUUAAUAUACAGUCAUAACCUUCACAGAACAGUGGCAUAUAGGGGGGCUCAAAAUAUUACUUAGCUCUAUACCAAGUUGCAUCUUUUAGGAGGUAUAGUUCAUGGUUUUAGAUUUUUUCAUAAAAAUUAAAAUUGUUAUUUAUGAUGUGAGUAUUAAAAGUGAUGAUUUAUUUUGUGAAUGAAAAAUGAAAUAACUUAAAAAUAUCAUAUACCAUUCUUUGUAUAACUGCCCUAUUUUAAUAAAAAUAGGCGAAUUUGGAAUGAUAUUAAAGGUCAAAAUGCAUUUUAAUAUUCAAAUAAUCCCAAAAUGUUGAAAAUAUUUUUAACCCACUUCCCCAUGAAAAAUUAUGAAAUGCUUAACGCAAGAAACUAAUGUUAAAGUUUUUGUAAGUUGAAAUUCUAACAAAAAACAACGCGCUGAUCAAAAACUGAUACAAAUCUUAUUUGUGUGAUGAAUCAAAAGUGUAUGAGGUUGUGUUGAGGAACACAUCAACUAAGCUCUUCAUAGCGAUUUUUUUCUCAAAUUCGUUGUAAUGUUUUAAGUUUAAAAAAUCGAAUUAUCUAUUUAUUUUGCUGAGAAGUCUGUGUAGGUGAAGCUCUAUAAUAUAAUUUUUGAAGACCUCUAGUCUAUAUAGUUUAUCAGUAAUUUAUGAUGCUAAGAUAGAACUGUAAAGAUUAUGACCAAUCAUAACUAGUGAAUGACCUUCCUCAAUUUUGUUCACAAGCAAAGUAACUUUUUUUUGAUAAAGUUUAGAAUAGCGAGGGGCGAUUUCUUUGACAUUAUUCAAAAGUCAUGAUUUAACUUCUAGCUGUAAUAAGUUUGAUUGACGAAUUUUAUGCCCAUUAAUGAUACAUGUAGUUCAGGUUCACAUUGCAUAUGGAAUAAAUAAAAGUUUUACUUGUUUUAAUACUCUUUAUUAAAAAUAUGAACAUUUGGGAUCAUGUCAGCAAAUAGAAAAUGAAUAUGUAUUUACAAUUUUCAAAGUUUUUUCAAAAGUAAUAUUUCUUGUAUCGAAAAAAUAGAUAUUUUCUUAUUAUAUACAAAACUGCAAAAUGUAAUUCUAACUAGUUUUAUCUGCUACUUCAGUAGUUCCAUUUACUACUUUUUCUUGUUCCUCUGAAGUAAUAUUAGAGUCUUCGGUAUUUUCCUACAAAAAAGUUAAUAUGAGGUAUAUCCUGUAUAACACAUAUUGUUUACAAGUACUACUACCUUUUCGUUUUCUUUUUCUUCCAGGCGAUUAAGAAAUGCUAUACGAGAUCCUAGAAAAGUUUUAAAAAAUUGUCAAAGGCAAAAAAAAACUUUUGAUAGUUAUUGAAUUAAAGUUAAAAUGUUAAUCCAUAAGAAUUCUUCAAAAUCUUACAGAACAGAACAUUAUUAAAUAUUGAUUUAAAAUUACUACAUAAUACACCUAUGGACUGGUAUUCUCAACAUACAAACUUUAUCGCGCCAUUGACGGUUAAAACAAACCCAACAUCAGUUUUUCUUAUGUAAAUAAGGUAAUAUCUUUGUGUAGAAACAUAAUAGAACUAUAUGCGUCGCUACGAUUAGUACUGGUAAAAUUAAACCCCCAAGGAAUAAAAAAAUACAAUGAUUCCCUAUAAACAGAUAUUAGAAGUGCACUUUUAUUUUCUAAAGUACAUAAUAUGCGUAACGGUCUUUUUCUUUAUACAUCGGUAGAAAGCAAGGAUGUAACAAAAGUGGUUAUAUCAUAAUUUUAAAAUUUGAGUUAUCGGAAUCGGAGGCAGAUGAGAAAUCUGCUGUACUUUGUCCAUUCGUUUAUCUUUUUGACAGCUACCUCGGAAUGUAACUUUUGUUUUCAACCUAUCAAAAGAGAGUGAACAAAUGGUCAAUCAAAAUCCUCUCGAGCAAAAUAGAGGUUUAGCAGUUUUAUCAUUCACAUUUUAUGUUGGUAUUGAAUUAUUAUAGAUGUAUAACGACAAUAUCUAUCAUAAUGUUUUAAUACUAAUGGAAAAUAGUAAAACAUCUGAAAAUUAUAUCAGCAUCUUUAAUUUCAGUACUCAGAAAUAAAUGAAAAAUUAAAUCUCAUACAACUUAUAAAUUGAACCACAUGGAUUGAUUUCAGAAGAAGCAAAUUAUAUUUAACAAACAAAACAGUGAAUUUUCUCAUUUCGUUAAUCUUUUUCUUGAAUUACUCAAAGUAACUAACUCGUGCGCGUGUGCUGUAAGACUUAAUAAGGAUGGAACUUGGUUCAUUCCGAAUGUCUAUUGUAAGUUAAAUGUUUAUCAUAUUGUUUCAGCAAAUCAUUUUUUUUCCUAAUCCUAAUUUUGCAUACUCUCCACAAAUAUAUUCCGUAAAAAACUGAUUUCUUAUUAAAUGAUAAUUUGGCACCACAGACUGUACAAGACGUCUAAUUCCAAUGCCUUCUACAAAAUUGGAAGGGAAGAUAUUUCAAACAAACCAUUUCAUAAAUCUAUCUAUUUCCAUUGAUUUAGGAUUGGAACUACACCAUCUUUAAUUCCUCAUCAAAGUAUCGUUGAGAGUAAUUUACUUUUUGGCUGCUUGGAGAGGCGUUGAAGUCGAAUGCUGUACUGCACUCUUUUCAGUCUAGUUUAUUGAAUUCUUCAUAUUCGGAAGGAUGUAUACACUUAUAAUGACCUUUCACUGAUGUAGUGCCACCCUUUCGUGAAAAUAUCUUAUUACAAAGUUUACACUGCUGUAUUCGCGGACACUUGGAAGGAAUUUUUGUUUUUUCUUUGGGAAUAUCGCGAGGUUAGAAAGCGUUAACCUUGUCUCUUAAGAGAUCAUAUGGUUAUAAACUGUAUACGUCCGAUUAAUAUAUAUAUAAUGAAAGUCUAAAAUUUGGCGAAUACGCUGGUUCUCGGUAUGCGGCGUCUUUGAUAUUGUUUUUUUACAUGUUUUUCGCAUCGGCUCUUUCUAUAUUGUUUUUUAGAACCAAUUUCCAGGAAGGCCUUUUUAUUUAUUUGUUUUUUUCUAGAAUUCUAGAGAUUCCUUUCUAGUAUAAAUUCGUACUUGUUUAGUAGUGAGAAGUCAGUAAAGAAUAUGAUGUCAUUCGGAACACAUUUGGAUAGACAAGUUACCAGUGAAUUUAAGUAAAUUAUAUAAGUUAGUUAAGUCUAGUGUAAAUAUUUAAAUAAAGUAAAAUAAACAUGUGUGAAA